CGGCCUGUGGAGAGCUAUGGAAGCACAAGCCGGAGCGGUCCGGGAUUUGGGAAGGGCCCACCCUCGGGAGCGUCCCAGCCCGGCCAAGCGAGGUUGUGCACACAGCGAUGCCCAGCAAGAGCAGGACGCGGAGGCAAGGCGGUGGAGAACGAUGGUCUGGCGAAGGGUUUGCUCCGGCCACGGUCGCUGGGAUGCGGGAUGAGGGAUAUGGAGGAUCAGCUAAACCCUGCGCGUCCCCGGCGCCGCUCAGACCGCACAAAGGGCCCCAGCCGGCCUCCCGCAGUUUCCUCACCUGUGCUUGCCGGCCGAUCCUCCGAACCCGCAGGGCCACCAGGAGAAGCCCUGCGAGGCGCGGGAAAACGACUAGAAGCUGCUGCAGCCCUCGGGGCGGUAACUGCUCCAACUCCACCGCCGCCGGGGCCUGCAGGUUGGGCUACCGGGAACGAGCCCCGCCCCUCUUCUUUUGCCCCGCCCUCGCUCCGGACUGGCGAGGAUCCCGGAUGUUACCUCCUCCGGCGCACUGAAUCCCCGCCCGCCCUUCUCAGGCCCCGGCCCCUUCCGAAUCCGCUACGGGUCCUGCACGGCCUAGGAAGAGCUUCGCCGUCUCCUGGGUGGCUAGAGCGUCCUCCCGCGCUUAGUCGCGCUGCAGGUUGCCGAGGAGCCCAGGUAGAAGAAAUAUGGAGUUUAGAGCCUGAGAAUUUUGAAAAAUUAAAGCCAGUUCAUGGAUUAAUUUUUCUUUUCAAGUGGCAGCCAGGAGAAGAACCAGCAGGCUCUGUAGUUCAGGACUCCAGACUUGACACAAUAUUUUUUGCCAAACAGGUAAUUAACAAUGCUUGUGCUACCCAAGCUAUAGUCAGUGUUUUACUGAAUUGUACCCAUCAAGAUGUCCAUUUAGGAGAGACGUUGUCAGAGUUUAAAGAAUUUUCACAAAGUUUUGAUGCAGCUAUGAAAGGUCUGGCACUGAGCAAUUCAGAUGUGAUUCGGCAAGUCCACAACAGUUUUGCCAGACAGCAAAUGUUUGAAUUUGACGCAAAGACAUCCGCGAAAGAAGAAGAUGCUUUUCACUUUGUCAGUUAUGUUCCUGUAAACGGAAGAUUGUAUGAAUUAGAUGGAUUAAGAGAAGGGCCCAUCGAUUUAGGUGCAUGCAAUCAAGACGACUGGAUCAGCGCAGUGAGGCCAGUUAUAGAAAAAAGGAUACAAAAGUACAGUGAAGGUGAAAUUCGAUUUAACUUAAUGGCCAUUGUAUCUGACAGAAAAAUGAUAUAUGAACAGAAGAUAGCAGAAUUACAAAGACAACUUGCUGAGGAGGAGCCCAUGGAUACAGAUCAGGGGGGUAAUAUGUUAAGUGCUAUUCAGUCAGAGGUUGCCAAAAAUCAGAUGCUUAUUGAAGAAGAAGUUCAGAAACUAAAAAGAUAUAAGAUUGAAAAUAUCAGAAGGAAGCAUAACUAUUUGCCGUUCAUUAUGGAAUUAUUAAAGACUUUAGCAGAACACCAGCAGUUAAUACCACUAGUAGAAAAGGCAAAAGAAAAACAGAAUGCAAAGAAAGCACAGGAAACCAAAUGAAGAAGAUGCUUUGGGAUGUGUCCACAUUUCUGCUUCCGCACUUACUUUCCUGGAAACCAUUAAGUAUAAGAACUUUGACCAACAUCCUAAUUGACUCAGUGCACGUUUGGCAAUAGUACCAGUCUGUCUUGUCUUUAAUGCAUGGAUUCUUUCCCUCCCUGCAUCAUGUGCAUGUGGUGCAUAUUAAAUAAAAGUGAUGUUGAGAGUGCUUGCCCAAAUCCCAUUAUUUGACAUUGGAUCUGAGAGCUUCUGUUGGUUCUCUGGAUAUAUAUACUAUCGUAAUGAACCUAGAAAUCACACAGAUGAUAUUCUCUACCUGUAAUUGUUAAAAUUGAUCUUAGCUCAGUUACAAACUUAAAAUUUAUGAGUGUCAGAUCUUGAUUAAACUGGAUCUUUUGUUUCUCUUCAUCAUUAAUGAAAAGAAAAUUGGUAUAUGUCUUUGAUAUCUAAACAUUUUGAGGAUUUUAAAACUGAAUUUUAUCUUGAGAAAGUAUGGUUUCAAUGCAGAUCAUUUGAAAAAGACAAAAGUAUAGUUUUUAGUGAUUUUCAUUGCUACCAGUAGAAAAAGUAAUAAACAUCCAAUUUAUUUUAGCAGACUUUCUUUAAGUGUUUGGGGCUAUUUAUUUAUGUAUUACAGAAUUAUUUUAGGAAGGUAUGAGUAUUCCUCUUCUAAGCAGAAUUUCGGGUUAAGAAUAAAUCCUAAAUCUUCAAGAUUUUUGGUGUUACUCUCAGUUUGGCAACAUUUUUCAGACUGCUAAGCUAUAUGUAUCUUUAUUAAAAAAUCAGAGGUUUGACAAUUCAGGCUAUCUGCUUUUUAAAAAUUUGAUGUCAUGCUAGAAGAUACUUCUGUGCCAAUAUGAAUGAAAUUCAUUCCAAGAACCAUGUAUAGUUAGCUGAUAAUGGAUUUUUUAAAAUUGCUUUUGGGAUUUGCUUUAUUUUUGAUUCUAUGAAAUAAUUGUAUUCUUGCUCUAAAUCUUUUCCAAGUUAAACUUUAAAGGAGAUUUUAUAAAACUUCUUUUUAUAAAGGAAAUGAUCUUUUUUUUUCUAGAUACAUUUCUGAAAUUGAUACAUGACUUUUUAACAUUUUAUUAUGGAGAAGUUUAAACAUACAUGGGUGACUGUGUAUUCAUCUUCUAGCUUCAAACACAUGAGUUUUUUAAGGAUUGUUCUAAAAAUUACUACAUUGUGUUAUUAUUAAGAACUAAUGUGGGAAAAUCUGGUGAGAAAUUGUGUAGAAAAAUUAAUGAAAUAUUUUCAUACAUAAUUUCAGUUGAAGGUAAUAAAGAAGAAUUUGUAGUUUCUCA